UUGGCAAUAUCUAGCAUUUUGCGCAUGCUUUUAGCCAGCUAAUGAAAUUGUUAAAUUUAGUUCACUAGCUUGGGAAGAGAAGGCGAGCAGAGAGUGCGAUAAAUGGGAGCAGGCUCUCAGAGAUUUUUGUGCAUAUAUAGACUCCCAGAAUCGUUAUAUAAUAUGCACUCAAAACAAACGAAAAAAAUGCGCAAAAGAGGCGACAGUUCGAAACUACAAAAUUCGAGCCCUGAAAACAAAGCUACUAGCACCAAAAACAUAGUAGGUUUUCAGAAGAGUGAAAUAGUUUGGAAUCCAGGACUACCAAAUUCGAGUACUGCAGAAGUAAACACUUAUUAAAGGCGACAUGGAGAAGGUUUGUCAGUUUUUCCGCAACAACUACGUGCUGGCCAACUGCGAGGAUGCCAUCUACAAGAAGGCGUUCUCCCUAAAUCUGUCCCACUACCAAAUCGCUGAGGUUCCGGACAUUAUCGAGAAGUGCGAGACGCUGAUGAAGCUCUUCCUCAACCAAAACAAGCUAACAAAGAUUCCAUCCUCCAUUGGCAGUUUGACGCGACUGCAAGUCCUCACGUUGGACUACAAUAAACUGGAUGAAUUCCCGCUCUGCAUCUGUCGUUUGGUCCAGCUGAAGUUCCUCAACAUCAGCUGCAAUAGCAUUAGUUGCUUGCCGCCAGAAAUUGGAUACCUCACCCAGCUGGAGACCUUCUGGUGCAAUAAAACCGGACUUCUGGAGCUGCCCAAUGAAAUUCGCAACUGUGAACACCUCGAGACGCUGGGCGUACGGGGAAAUCCCUUAAAGAAGUUGCCUGAUGCCAUUGGGGCUCUAUCCUCGCUUCGUUGGCUCACAGCCGAGGGCUGCGAACUCAGCGAUGUGCCAUUGACCAUGGCGCUGCUGGGAAACUUGGUGCAUCUGAAUCUGAAGGGGAAUCGUUUGCGGCGACUACCUAGGGUAUUGAUGGCUAUGCAUAAGCUGCGGUUCGUUUUCCUCAACGAAAAUUGUAUUGACGAGCUGCCGACGAGGUCACAGCUUGAGGAGCUGCGCACUCUUCACAUGCUCAACCUGUCCAAGAAUCCCAUCAGCCUGCACCGUGAUCUACAGCUAAUCGCUUUGCGUCAGACGAACCUUUAUGUGGAGCUGCCGUCAGAUCCCGCCGCGAUAUGUGAUGGUCUCACCAGUCGAGCUAGCCUCAACACCCAGGAGCAACAGGAGGAUCAGGCGCAAUGGGCGGGACAGGACAUAGACUCCUCCGACUGGGCGAACAGCGUGCGGACCAGCGAAUUGGACUCGACGGACGAGAGUUCGCUGGAGAACAACAUUGAGGACCUGAGUGUCAUGCUGCCGGAAAUGUCGCGUUUUAUCACCACCUUUUGAAAGCAUUGAAUGUGUGUCAACAAGGUCUGAUAUUAUGUAGCACACAUAAAUCUGUGGUUUAUUUUCUACAACUGGGUGUUUUGUACAUGUACCUCUAACAAUCGUAGCGCUUCAAAAAUGCACA